AUGAUAACGAGGGACCAAGUCUUGCAAUGGGUAUCUGAAGCGUCUUCCACGCUAACAAAAGCACAGGAGGUGUGUCAGGUAGCACAGAACUACCUCCAGGAAACAGAAUAUGAACUACACAAUCGCUUGGCUACGGCUAUAGAUACCAGCCACGAUAUGGUUCUGGCUCUCCAGGAGCAGUCAAAGGUGAUGGAACAAAUUAUGAAAGUGGUUAAUUUGCAAAAGAUAGACGAUGAUGGGACAGAAUCAAAAAUAGCCAACUUACAACAGCAAUUGGCUCGUCUUAAACGGAAUGUAUCCGUCUUGGAAUCGACAGAUGUACCAAAGUAUUUAUUGCGCAAGAAUCCUGCAAAAGUUUCCGGAGACAAAGAAGACGGAAACAAGACGCUUAAAGAUUUCAUUUCCUUGACCAGCAUUGAGUUACUUGAGGACAAUGCCCAGACGUAUGUGAAGAAUAAUUCUGCUAUUCGCAAAUGGCGCACAGAAGUCAUUACAGAUAUCAUUGGCAGAGCCAACUUGUACAAAAAGCAAGCCAGUAGGCUAGCAAUGCAAUAUGAAGAUGAAGCAACGGGGAUCAUUGUGGAGACUUCCGUUGGCAUCCGCACCGAAGGGUCGGCAUUUGCACUGCGAAGCUUGGCUGAAACAAUCGAUAAAGAAAACAAAUCGCUUGAAACAGAACUAGUUGCGCUCUUGGAACUGCUAACAAAUCAUUACGAUCAGUGUAACAGAGCAUUGGGACUUCCUUGGUCGAAUGAAGAGGCAUUAGCUGUGCACCAUGAAGGACUACAAGUACUAGAAGGAGACGCUCGAGAUCUUCCAGGAGUCUACAAAGAAGUUUGUACUGUCCAGGAGAUUAUUGAGAACAAUAGAAACCGCGCUACGAAGUACCUUUCCUCCAAACUUCCUCCGUUUGAAAAAAUUGUGAAUGGUUCGAGAAACCUUCUUGAUACCAUCCGAGAUUUCAAAUGCAAAAUUGUGCCCCAACUGUUCGCCACCAUUGCCAAAACAAACGAGAUAUUGCAAAACUACGUUCUCAAUGGUGAGUCUAUCUUCAGUGGAGAUCCUCUAGAGUCUUACAUCUUGGCGAUUAACGAACUAUGCGAUCACUAUGAGCGGUUUUCUCACAUAUACGCCGAGAAUUACUUGGCGGAGUUGCGAUAUCGGGUCAAUGACUAUCCACAAAAUUUCAUUGCCAAAAUCUCGGACUUUCUUAAUGGAGAAUUAGACGAAUACCGGAGGAAGGAAACCCAGCGGCGGGCACAGUGGGUCAAGCAGUAUGGCGAAUAUAUUCCCAACGAGUUCAUUUUACCAGAUGAGGUACCUUCAGUGGUUCAAGUCAUCACCAAUAUCGAUGACAUCGAAUCCGCAGACAUCGUUGACAGCCACAAAGCCCUGGAAGUCACAAUUGACGGGAACCGGGGUAGCUCAAAUCUGGGGUAA